AUGCCCUUCCCCAACAGCUCUGCCCUCAGCCCCUCAUUCCUCCUGGCCAGCAUCCCGGGGCUGGAGGCUUCCCAGGGCUGGCUGUCCCUGCUGCUCUGCUGUGCCUACCUUGUGGCAGUCACGGGGAACAGCUCAGUGCUGGUGGUGGUGAGGCUGGAGCCUACCCUGCACACCCCCAUGUACCUGCUCCUCUGCAUGCUGGCGGCCACCGACCUGGCCCUGGCCACCUGCACCGUGCCACGGGCACUCUGCUCCUACUGGCUCCAGGCCAGGGACAUCAGCUUUGGAGCCUGCCUGCUGCAGAUGUUCCUCAUCCACAGCCUCUCAGCCGUGGAGUCCUCAGUGCUGCUGGCCAUGGCCGUGGACAGGUACGUGGCCAUCUGCCACCCCCUGAGACACGCCGCCGUCCUCACCAACGCGUCCACAGCCAGCCUUGGGCUGCUGGCCGUGGCCAGGGCAGUCCUCUUCUUCCUGCCCUUGCCUCUGCUCCUCCUGCCCCUUCCCUUCUGUGGCCCCUGGGGGCUGUCCCACUCCUUCUGCCUGCACCAGGACGUGAUGAACUUGGCGUGUGGCAGCACCACCCCCAGCAUGGUGUAUGGCCUCACUGCCAUCCUGCUGGUCAUGGGGCUUGAUGCUCUUCUCAUCUGCCUCUCCUACAGCCUCAUCCUCAGGGCUGUGCUGCGCCUGGCGGCCUGGCAGGACAGGCUCCGGGCAUUUGGCACCUGUGUGGCCCAUGGCUGUGUGGUCCUGGCCUUCUACGUGCCCCUGAUUGGGCUCUCCGUGGUGCACAGGUUCGGGAGGGACCUGCCUCCCAUGGUCCACGUCACCAUGGGGUUCAUCUACGUCCUGAUGCCUGCUGUGCUCAACCCCAUCAUCUACGGGGUGAGGACCAAGCAGAUCCGCAGGAGGAUCUGGAGUUUGGUUCGUGUGAGUGACAGAACUCCCUGGUGA